UUUUUUCUCCUGAGCUAAAGUUUUUAUGCCGCAGCUUUCCUUCUGUUUCGUGAUAGUAGGCUGAGAGUGAAGAUGGCGGCCGGCUCGGAGCGCAGUCCGCCUCCCUUUCCCGACUCAGAGGAUCAGGACCCGGAGCCUGAGUUAGGCGAGGACGAGGACAGCGAUGAAGGAGCGGACAUUUUCACCGGCGCUGCGCUCUCUUGUGCACCAGCGGAUCCUCUCGUUCGCGUGAGCGCCGGAGAGCCUCCUAAAGACGUCUUCAGUCUAGCCCUAGAAGAUCCUCUGAAAGACCCAAGUCGGGCGAAGUCUGAACCAGAGAAGGCCGCUGGAGGAGCUGCCGGUGUGGAAGUCGACCUGUUCGCCGAUCCUUUAGGCGAGUCCGGAGCUCCGCCGACCACUGACAAAAACGCAGACCCUCUGAAGAGCGAGAAGAGUUCAGCGGCACGGCGCGAGAUCUUUGGCGCACCUCAGAACGACGUCAGGAAGUCCGAGGACAUUUUUGAAGAGCCGCAGGAAGACGGUACGAUUACUAAAAUGACACCCGGACCUCUAGGUGGCGCUGCAGGUGGGAAGAAAGCACCCAGCGCCGACCUGUUUGGAGAUGACGAUGACGACGGUGCCGAUCUGUUCGAGGAGCCUCUGCAGGUGAAGAAACCUCUGGCGAAGGAAAGCAGUAAAGGGCGUGCUGACCCGUCGAAAGACGCCGCUGCUGACCUCUUUACCGAGAAGGUCGUCGGAGUCCCUGCUGCGGCUAAACCGGGCCCGGACCCCGGCUCCAGAACCAACGGGCUGCACUCAGACGAGGACGAUCUGUUUACAGAGGCCACCGUUGAGCUGUCUCUGGACAGUCCUCGUAAUGACCACCGGAAGAGACAAACACAGAAGACCUCAGCACCGGCUUCCUCUCUCGCGGCUUCAGCGAGCGUCUCCAAACCUCAGCAUAAAACACUAGAGGAGCAGGAGGAGGAAGAGGAGAAGGAGGACAAAUUUGAUUUGAACAUUUCAGUUACAAACCCAGAGAAAGUGGGUGAUGGUAUGAAUGCCUACAUGGCCUACAAAGUCUCCACACAGACGACGUUGCCCAUGUUCCGCACUAAGCAGUUCACAGUGCGCAGGCGCUUCAGCGAUUUUCUGGGUCUCUACGAGAAACUCUCAGAAAAACAUUCACAGAAUGGACACAUUGUGCCUCCGCCACCAGAGAAGAGCAUUCUGGGAAUGACCAAAGUGAAGGUGGGAAAGGAAGACCCGUCAUCAGCCGAGUUUGUCGAAAGGAGGAGAGCUGCUCUUGAAAGGUACGUCCAGAGACUCGUGUGUCAUCCGUCUCUGCUGCAAGACCCCGAUGUGAGAGAGUUUUUAGAGAAAGAGGAGUUACCCAGGGCAGUUAGUACCCAGACGCUGAGUGGAGCCGGAUUCCUCAAGAUGAUCAACAAGGCCACUGACGCAGUCAGCAAGAUGACCAUCAAGAUGAACGAGUCAGACGUUUGGUUUGAAGAGAAGCUGCAGGAGGUAGAGAGUGAGGACCAACAGCUGAGGAAGCUUCACGCUAUGGUGGAGUCCCUCGUUAACCACAGGAAAGAGUUGUCUCUGAGCACAGCAGUGUUUGCUAAGAGCGUGGCAAUGUUGGGUAGUUCGGAGGAUAACACCGCGCUCUCACGAGCCCUGUCCCAGCUAGCCGAGGUGGAGGACCGCAUCGAGCAGCUUCAUCAGGACCAGGCUGCUAAUGACUUCUUCAUCUUUGCCGAGCAUCUUGCAGACUACAUCCGCUUGCUGGUUGCAGUCAGGGCAUGCUUUGACCAGCGGAUGAAGGCGUGGCAGCGCUGGCAAGACGCUCAGAACAUGCUACAGAAGAAGCGAGAGACUGAGGCCAAGCUGCUAUGGGCCAACAAACCUGACAAACUUCAGCAAGCCAAGGACGAGAUCACAGAGUGGGAGUCUAAGGUCAGUCAGUACGAGAGAGACUUCGAGAGAGUAUCCGCCACCGUACGAAAGGAAGUCCUCCGGUUCGAGAAAGAGCAGGCUCGGGAUUUCAAGAAACAAAUCGUCAGGUAUCUGGAUUCUCUGUUGAAUUCACAGCAACAGCUGAUCAAGUACUGGGAGGCGUUCUUGCCAGAGGCAAAAGCAAUUGCAUGAUGGCGGCGUACACAAAUAAACACACACAUGCAUACACAGGCCUGCUAAAGACUGAGUCUGCCUUUUCUAUACUCUUUACCUCUUGCCUAUAAACCAAGAGACGUAAUGCAAAGGGAAAGAGAGAAACAAUCGAUAUAUAUAUUUUUUUCAUUAAUCAUCACAAGCUUGUACUCUUCGAUUUAACUCUUCUGUUAAGUUUUUUUUUUUUUUUUUUUACCAUUUAACCUCCAGCUUUACUUUUUUGACGGAGCUAUUUUUUUUGGGGGGGGGGGGGGGGGUAACGUGCGGUGAUGGGACAGGAGCGGUCUGACACGUUCAUUUUUUCCUUUUCUUUCUUUGUUCAGAAAUAGUAGGUGCCGUUAGCGUGAACAGAGUUUACACCACGCAGGGGAAGACGAGGGCAUGUCGGACGCUGAGAUUUAGCACGUCAGCAGUGCUAAUAGUUUACAGUAGUGGGCCCUCUCCCUCCAAACGUUUAAAAAAAAAAAGAUAUCAGUUUCUACCCUUCCAUAUGUUUGAGUUGUCUUCUGCGCUCCCGCCUUCUCCAUUCAACUCUGUCUCGUGCCCUAGAGUUUGUACACCUGGCUGUCGCGUGCCUCUGCUCCGUGCUCAGUGUUUUGAUUUGAAAUAGUCCCACAUAGAAGAUGAGUGUUUAAUGAUUCGUUUCCUCGUUCGGAAGAGGAGGUGUCACGGCGGUGUACACUGAUUGGUCGACCUUAACCGAAAUGGAACGGAGAAUCGGAGAACGAGACGACCGUGGCGGACUCUCUAAGUUAAUUCACAUGAAUUCAGCUUUUCUCUCUCUCUCUCUCUCUCUCUCUCUCUCUCUCUCUCUCUCUCUCUCUCUCUCCCUUCAUUUUUUUUCCAGACAGUAAAACAACGUACUAGAAGCUGAAAUCCUCCGUCAAGAUCUGACGCCUUUUACUCCUUCAUGUAGGUGACAUUCCGCACUUUGGCCGCACUUUCGACGUAUACGUUUGUCUUUUAAAGAAGAUCUCUGAUAAAUCGCAUUAAUAAAUCGUGUACUUAAGCACUUAUGCUGCCCUGGAAAAAGUUACCUGUGAGUCUUUCCUAAAACUGUUUUUCUUCUCUUUUUUUAUUUUUAUUUUUUUUUGUGCUGCGUGUUGUGUCCGAGCCACCGAUAUCCAUGAAAUUAAUGAAACCGCAUUUAAGGCAGUGUUACAGUGCAAAUUAUUUACAUUCGUUAAUUGUUUAAGCAGCGAUCUAGGCCUUAACAUUUUCAUUUGUAUAGUUUAAUCCAUCAUCAUCAGCACUUAUCACGAGUUUGUGUUUUUUUUUUUUUUAGGUCACUUUUUUCUUUUUCUUUUCCUCUUUAAAAAGCGAUAAUCACGGUAUGUGGCAUGUCUGAACGAUUCUCUUUGUGGUGGUUGACGGUCAGUUUAUCUCCAAGAUGCUGCUGAGCUAACAGAAGAUGUUGUAUUUGAUAAGAAUUAUCUGCAUAUCAUUCCACCCUUUAAUAAACAAUAGAGCGUUGGGAUUUUUUUCUCUUUCUUUCCCCUCUCGGAUCGUAACGUCGGACCCUGCGCGUGAGAAUCCUAAGGGAUCGUGCUGGCUUGUCUGACGUGUUAGUCUUUUGAACUGCCAUAAAUGUUUUUUUGUUUGUUUGUAAAGGUUUGUUUGUUGGUCUGUAUUUCUUUUUUGUAAUCUUUCAACCAAGCCAGUAGAUAUCGCUUAUGCACACCUUCUGUUGAGAAACACAAUAAAGAUAGUUUUAAAGAAUA